AUGCCUAAAGCGUCAUUGUAAAAUCAGUUGAGUUAAGCAAUUUCCUGUGAUUAAUGCAGAGGUUAUAAGAGGUCAGAAAAAACAAGUUUCGGUUAAAUUGAAUAUUUUCUGAACUAAAAAAAUAUAAUAAAGCAAUUAAUAAAAAUAUUUAAAAUUAAUGAAAUGGAAAACGAAGUAAAUGUAACAGGUUAUGAUGAAAGCAGUCACAUGUCGUUUUUAGGGGGCAGUGGGGCUGAUUUGCUAACAAAUGUUUCUAAUACUCCACUAUGCAGUGAGAAUGAGGCAGAUAAAUCAAAUUUACAAGAAAAUCUCCGUUUUGACAGUGAUAACUCAGUCCUAGAUUCCGACUAUGAGGACUCAACUUCUACUAAUAAUGGAAAUAGUAGCAAUUUAGAUGAUGAUGAACUGCUCAACGAGGCCCCGACUACAUCCCAAAGAGCUUAUUCGAGGAAAGAAUCAUGCACAAGACGGAACUUGGGAAAGGCAUACGUUAAUGUGAAGGGUGUUGUUGUGUCGGAAAGAAAAUUGAGACCUCUUAUUAUUGAUUGUCGCAUGAAGUGCAAAUCAAAGGUUCCGCUUGCAUUUCAGAAAAGCAUUUUUAAUAAAUAUUGGUCGUUGGGUACGUACAAUCAGAGAAUUUUGUUCUUUGGUUCCUUAAUUGAAAUCAACGACAAAAAAACUCAAUAUAUGCAAAAACACCCUGAAAGGCCACGUGAGCGAAAAUUUCAGGCUGCUUAUUAUGUUGAGUUUGAAGGCCGAAGAGUGCAGGUAUGCCAAAAAUGCUUCCUGCAGUGUUUUGAUGAGAGUGCCAGUUUCGUCAAAACUGUUUUGAAGAAGAAAUUACACUAUCCUAACAGUGACCUUGUUGAUAAGCGUGGAUCAGGUGGUGGAAAAAAUAGACUUACGGAUGAUAAAGUGCAACUUGUAAGGGACCACAUAAACAGCUUUCCAAAAUACGAAAGCCACUAUACCAGGAGAGAUACAAGUUGCCAACACUUACAUGCGGAAUUAUCCCUGGCCCAAAUGUAUACUUUGUUUUGCGAUAAAUACAAAGCCAACGUAGUUAGUGUUUCCUCAUACAGUGGUAUUUUUAAAACCAUGAAUAUAAAAUUUAAGAAGCCAAUGCUUGAUACCUGUUCUACGUGUGAAAAAUUUAGAGCUAAAAUUGCUAUUGCUAAACAGGAAUCCGAUGAUAUUCUACUACGUGAUUUAGAAAAGGAACUCUUAGCCCAUCAGAAUAAAGCAGAUUUUGCAUAUGUGUCAAAAAUAAGUGACAAAACUUGCGCUUCCGAUGAUCCCAAAGUUAAAGUGUAUACUUUUGAUUUGCAGCAGUGCUUGCCUACCCCAUACUUAAGAAACUCAAUAAGUUUCUACAAAAGGCAGCUUUGGACCUAUAAUUUAACCGUACACGACUGUACAACUGGCACCCCACAUUGCUUUAUGUGGCAUUAGGCACUUUCUGCCCGUGGCGGCAAUCAAACCGCAUCAUGCUUAUUCAAACAUAUAAACAAUCUUCCACCAGUUAAUCAUGCAAUCUUUUACAGUGAUUCCUGUAUGGGACAAAAUAAGAAUUCAUUCGUGUGCGCAAUGUUCACAUUGGCUCUUGAAAUUAACCCCACUUUAGAAAUUAUUGAUCACAAAUUUUUAGAACCUGGGCACACGCACAUGGAAUGCGAUGUGGAUCACGCUGUGAUAGAAAGAAAAAAGAAAAGAACUGAGGCACAAAUACAUCAUCCACGUGACUGGUACAAUUUUAUAAGAAGUGUACGUUCCAGAAAUCUGUUCAACGUAAUUGAAAUGAACUUAGAAGAUUUUUUUGAUUUCCAGCUUUUCUUAAAAACAAAGCUAAUGUGGAGAACCAAUAAUCUAGAUGGGGAAAAAUUCGUUUGGAAAGAUAUUAGAUGGCUAAGAUUUACAAAGAGUAAUUUUGCAAAAAUUCUUUAUAAAACCACUUUAGACGAACAUGCUCCUUUUAAAACAUUGAACUUGUUAAAACGUGGUGUAAAUUCAAUAGCAAUAAGCGACAUAUCAAUGCUAACUCAAGACAUUAAGAUCAGCUCAAAAAAGAAAAAGGAUCUCCUUGAUUUACUACCAUUUGUAAAUCCAUGCUUUCAUCCUUUUUAUAAAAGUUUGUUAACAGAUAACUCAACUGAUGUACAUCCAGAUUUAGUAGAAUGUGAAUCAGAAACCGAAUAACUUCGACUGAUAUAUUAUACUUAUACUUUUAAAUAAAUAUUACAUAUAAAUAAUAUAAAAAUAAGUUUUCGGAAAAUAUCAUUUAGUUUAAAAUAAUGAAUUUGUAAAAUUCCUUUUUUUUAAUAAACUCGUAUUAGUGAAAUGGUCUAA